GCCUACUCUGUUGCCUGGAAAAUUCUUCCACUCCCUAAGCUCUCUUUACCCAGCUGACUUGAUUCCUAAUGAAAUCUUCAUGGUCUUCAUUUAAACUUCUUGAGGGAGCUUCCCAGGCACUUUACUCUAGCCCAGAUACUCGCAAGCCCCGGAAGCGAGAGACUGGGGCGGGGCGAACUUACGGAAGAGGAGCGGGACCGCUGCUGAUUGGCUGGCUUCGGGCGGAAGUCGGGUGUUUUGGUGGUCUGAAGACGCUAGCUUGUGACGGGGAGGGAGAGAGGGAAGGCCUCCCUGAGGUUGCCUCUUCGUCCGUGCCCGGGGACCCGCGGAACUAUCCUAACACCCAGGCCCCGCGGCUAGCCCCUUCCCCCGGGCCCUUCCCGCUCGAUCUCGUCACCGUUAUGUGGGAAGCGAAUCCGGAGAUGUUUCACAAGGCAGAAGAAUUCAUAUCCAAAACAACAGAUAGUGGAAUGGAUGACAUGGACACUUCAGAAACCCAGUGGGGCUGGUUUUACUUGGCAGAAUGUGGGAAGUGGCACAUGUUUCAGCCGGAUACCAACAUUCAGUGUUCAGUUAGCAGUGAAGAUAUCGAAAAAAGCUUCAAAACAAACCCUUGUGGCUCCAUUUCUUUUACUACUUCCAAAUUCAGCUACAAGAUAGACUUUGCAGAAAUGAAGCAAAAGAAUCUCACCACUGGAAAGCAGCGUUUAAUAAAAAGAGCCCCCUUUUCUAUCAGUGCUUUCAGUUAUAUCUGUGAAAAUGAAGCUAUCCCUAUGCCACCUCACUGGGAGAACGUGAAUACUGAAGUACCAUAUCAGCUCAUUCCUCUGCACAGUCAAACACAUGAAUAUAAUGAAGUUGCUAGUCUCUUUGGGAAAACGAUGGAUCGCAACCGAAUUAAAAGAAUUCAGAGAAUUCAAAACCUAGACUUGUGGGAGUUCUUUUGCAGGAAAAAGGCUCAGCUCAAGAAAAAAAGAGGUGUGCCUCAGAUUAAUGAACAAAUGCUAUUUCAUGGUACCAGCAGUGAAUUUGUGGAAGCAAUUUGCAUUCAUAACUUUGACUGGAGAAUAAAUGGUAUACAUGGUGCUGUCUUUGGAAAAGGAACCUAUUUUGCUAGAGACGCUGCUUACUCCAGUCGCUUCUGCAAAGAUGAUAUAAAGCAUGGAAACACAUUCCAAAUUCAUGGUGUCAGCUUGCAACAGCGGCAUCUAUUUAGAACAUAUAAAUCUAUGUUUCUUGCUCGAGUGCUAAUUGGAGAUUACAUAAAUGGAGACUCCAAAUACAUGCGACCUCCUUCCAAAGACGGGAGCUAUGUGAAUUUAUAUGACAGCUGUGUGGAUGAUACCUGGAAUCCAAAGAUCUUUGUGGUAUUUGAUGCCAACCAAAUCUAUCCUGAGUACUUGAUAGACUUUCAUUGAUUUUACUUCCAAAUGUCAGUGGUCAAGGAAGUUUUAUUCUUUUUUGCAGGAAGAUUUGCUCUCCCAUCAGCUAGCCACUAUGUUAAUUAUCUGGUACUUUUGAAAAAAUACGAAAGAAAAAGUGGCCUCCAUAUAAAAAGACAUACUGACUU